CGCCGUACCUGUAUACCGGCCUUAAAAAAACUUCAUUCUCUGUUCCUGCUCCCGUAUUUUUCUUGUCCUGCUCAUCUCUAACUUUCGCUACCGGCUGGUCCGACGAUAAAAGCGCCAUGCGAGUCUUUGAUAUACUUCUCCCGCUAAUCACCCUCACCGUGCGCGCAGGCGCAACUCCACCACCAAGUCUACACUCUGAUCCAAAUUCCUACGAACUGUCUUAUGUUGACGCCGCUCCUCCCUCCUAUUCGGAUAUACCGCGCUCUCCUCCCCCCGUCUAUCAGCCUCCUCCCUCGUAUGAGCAUCAUCGAGGGGAUCCGAUAUAUCAGCCCCAGAGUGGGCAUCGGAAUCGCCCUCCUUCGCAGCCAACCAGUCACAUGGGCAAUGGCACUGCCGUCCUUGAGCUGGGAGAUUAUAAUCGGAGGUUCGGGCAAUGCGUCUGCGCUGUGAUAGGGCUUGCCAUGGUCGGAGUCAUCGCUGGGGUUACCGCCAAUAACAAGCAUUCGCGUGGUUUUACGGAUAAUCACAUGGAUCAAAAAUGCAACUGUCCCAAAGUCAAUACCAAUGAUGCCCCUCUCAAGGGAACUACUAGGGGAGGGAGGGAUGCUGCUAGAAUGUCCUAUCGGCGAAGAAUUAGGAAUUGGACUGACGAGUAGGUAACUCGCGCGACGCAAGGAGAGCCAUGACUGGUGGUGGAGUUUUUGCAGAUAUCUACCGG